AUGUUAUUGAUAUCUAAAAGGGAUCCGAUAAAGUAUAUCUUCGAAAAUCCUGUUGUUAUUGGUAGAAUCGCCCAAUGGAAACUGUUGUUGACCGAGUAUGAUAUCCAGUAUGUGACCCAGAAAGCGAUAAAUGGGAGUGUUCUGUAUGACUAUGUUUGUCACCUACCUUUCGAAGGUUAUCAACCGUUGAGGUUCGACUUUCAAGACGAAAACAUUGUGUUUAUCAGAGACUUCAUUAUGCCAGGCCCCAAGAUAAGCUCUGAGGAAGACCCCAAACCAGGAUCGCGUUGGACGCUCAUGUUCGAUGGUGCUUCCAAUGCUCGUGGCCAUGGCAUAGGUGUUGUUAUCACUUCUCCUACCGGUUUCCACCUUCCAUUUACCGCUAGAUUAUGUUUUGACUGCACCAACAAUAUGGCAGAAUAUGAAGCAUGCAUCUACGGUCUGAAGGCGGCCAUCGACUUAAGGAUCAAGAUUCUUGAGGUGUACGGUGUAUCAACUCUGGUAAUAAGUCAGGUAAAAAGUGAUUGGGAAACUCGGGAUAGCAAGUUGAUACCCUACAAAGAGCAUAUCAGAAAAUCAGUACCCUACUUUGAUGAAAUCUCCUUUCAUCAUAUUCCCAGGGAAGAAAGUCAGUUAGCAGAUGCUCUAGCUACAUUGGCAUCUAUGUUCAAAGUUAAAUGGAAGAAUGAAACACCAGCUAUCCAUAUUGACCACUUAGAGGAACCAACACAUUGUCUAGCAAUCGAGGCGGAUCCUGAUGAUAAGCCCUGGUUCUAUGACAUAAAGACAUUUCUGGAGAAAUAG